UGGUUUUUGCAUCUAGUAAUGAUUGAAAACUACACAUUCAACAGCUAUAUGCUGCAAAUUGAAGGGUUAAAUGUGGAAGAGGCGUCCAUGUACCCUGCMUUCUUCCUGUUGCUGUCUGUCUAUCUGUUCAUUAUGAUAGCUAAUGUUGGGAUUGUGGCUCUGAUUAUYCUCGAUAAAAGCCUCCAUCAGCCCAUGUAUUUGCUGUUUUGCAACCUGCCUUUUAAUGAUAUUCUGGGAAACUCUGUCAUGUUGCCUCGUGUGUUGAUGGACAUCCUCCAGCCGCAGGCUGAGCGCCUCAUCAGUUACUACGAGUGUGUUGUUCAGGCUUUCUGUUCCCACAUGUUCGGCACCACGUCCCACACCGUGCUGAUGAUCAUGGCCUUUGACAGAUAUGUUGCCAUCUGUAAUCCUCUGCGUUACUCUGUGAUAAUGACCAACAGGAUGGUGGUGAAGCUGACAGUCUCUGCCUGGGGGUCGGCCUUGGUUCUGGUYGGGAUUCUGCUGGGUUUGACCAUUCGACUGAGCCGCUGCAGGACUCUGAUCACCAACCCGUACUGUGACAAYGCCUCACUGUUCAAGCUGUCCUGUGAGAGCGUGGUGAUCAACAACAUCUACGGCCUGACCUUCACUGUGGUCCUCUUGACAGCCUCCAUCGGCAGCAUCAUUGUCACCUACACCAGGAUCACUGUUGUCUGUCUGACCAGUAAGAGCAAGUCUCUGAACAGUAAAGCCUUGAAGACCUGCAGCACACACCUCUUUGUCUACAUGAUUAUGUUUGUUUUCGGGAAAAUGAACAUUGCGCUGCAUCGUUUCCCUGAAUACUCAGAGUACAGGAAACUGUGUCUUAUUCUGUUUCAUAUCAUCCCCGGCAGCCUGAACCCCAUCAUCUACGGYGUUCAAUCCAGAGAGAUAAAACGGUUCCUGUCCAAGCUGUUCUACUCCAGAAAGWUUCUGUCAUCAUAA